AUGGGGCUGGACCAGGUGGGAGGACGCAUGCAGCACUUGCUCCGAAGACGUGCUGAGAACGAACAGGCUUCGAAGACACUGAAGGUGCGCGGGAACUGCAGGAACGGUGGACGUCGAUGGAACCUCUUCAAGCCUGGAGCUGAGAAGCUGCAAAUCAGUAGGCUGAUCAGUGGUGGUUCUAUUGUAAGUGCUGAGGCAGUAUGGGAUCACGUCACCAUGGCCAACCGGGAGUUGGCGUUUAAAGCAGGAGACGUUAUCAAGGUCCUGGAUGCUUCCAACAAGGACUGGUGGUGGGGUCAGAUCGAUGAUGAAGAAGGAUGGUUUCCCGCCAGCUUCGUGAGGCUAUGGGUAAACCAAGAAGAUGGAGUGGAGGAGGGAACCAGCGAUGUGCAGAAUGGCCAUUUGGAUCCAAGUGCCGACUGCCUCUGCCUCGGCAGGACCGUUCAGAACCGAGACCAGAUGAGAGCCAACGUCAUCAAUGAAAUCAUGAGCACGGAGCGCCACUACAUCAAGCACCUCAAGGACAUUUGUGAGGGUUACUUAAAGCAGUGCCGGAAGAGGAGGGAUAUGUUCAGUGAUGAACAGCUAAAGAUCAUCUUUGGUAACAUCGAAGAUAUCUACAGAUUUCAGAUGGGUUUUGUCCGGGACUUGGAGAAACAGUACAACAACGAGGACCCCCAUCUCAGUGAAAUUGGACCAUGUUUCCUUGAGCACCAAGAUGGCUUCUGGAUCUAUUCAGAGUACUGUAACAAUCAUUUGGAUGCGUGUAUGGAGCUUUCCAAGCUGAUGAAAGACAGCAGGUACCAGCAUUUCUUCGAAGCAUGUCGUCUGUUGCAGCAGAUGAUUGAUAUUGCCAUAGACGGUUUCCUUCUGACGCCAGUGCAGAAGAUCUGCAAAUACCCCCUGCAGCUCGCAGAGCUACUGAAGUACACUGCACAGGAUCACAGUGACUACAGGUAUGUGGCUGCUGCUCUUGCCGUCAUGAGGAACGUGACUCUACAGAUCAACGAGAGGAAGCGGAGAUUGGAGAACAUUGACAAGAUAGCUCAGUGGCAGGCCUCUGUUCUGGACUGGGAGGGAGAUGAUAUCUUGGACCGCAGCUCAGAGUUGAUCUACACGGGAGAGAUGUCCUGGAUUUACCAGCCUUAUGGACGGAACCAGCAGCGUGUUUUCUUUCUCUUUGAUCACCAGAUGGUUCUCUGCAAGAAGGAUCUGAUACGAAGAGAUAUUCUGUAUUACAAAGGUCGCAUAGACAUGGAUAAAUAUGAAGUGGUGGAUAUAGAAGAUGGGAGAGAUGAUGACUUCAAUGUCAGCAUGAAGAAUGCCUUCAAACUUCAUAACAAGGAGACUGAGGAAAUGCACUUGUUCUUUGCCAAGAAACUGGAGGAGAAGUUACGAUGGCUUAGAGCUUUCAGAGAAGAAAGGAAGAUGGUAAAAGAAGAUGAAAAGAUAGGCUUUGAAAUUUCUGAAAAUCAAAAGCGGCAAGCGGCAAUGACAGUAAAGAAAGUCAGUAAGCAAAAAGGUGUGAGCUACUCCAAGUCGGUUCCUCCAGCCUACCCACCACCCCAGGAUCCAUUAAAUCAGGGACAAUACAUGGUGACAGAUGGCAUAUCCCAGUCCCAGGUCUUCGAGUUCACCGAACCCAGACGCAGCCAGGCACCAUUCUGGCAAAACUUCAGCAGGUUAACACCAUUCAAAAAAUAAUACCUAGAGAGAUGGAGAAUUUUAACUUAAAAGAACUAAAAUUUAAAAAUAAAAAUAAAUAAAAUUAUA